AUGUAUCCCAACUUUGGAAUCUCCGCUGUAGGUCCUGCUCCUCUCCCUCCCACAGAUACCCUUCUCAGCUUGCGAACAGGCAAAGUCCGCCCGAUCGGCGGGGUAAACAUCCGCAGCGCUAUCAACAAGAGAGACCGUCAAGGAAAAUGGGAGGUUACUCCUCUCGGUCUCGUGGGCGAUGAACAUCAUUACAUCCAUCAUGGCGGUCCUGAAAAGGCUUUGCAUCAGUACUGCGCUGCUCACUAUGACUUGUGGAACGCCGAGCUCCCUGGCCGUGACGACCUUUUCAAAAUUGGUGGUUUUGGAGAGAACCUAUCAACAAUGUACAUGUCAGAACUAAAUGUCUGCAUCGGUGACACUUACCGUGUCGGAAAGGAAGUACUUAUUCAAGUCACAUCGCCCAGACAGCCUUGUUAUAAGCUGAACCAUCGCUUUCAGCAUAAGAAAGCUUCAGCUAUGACGCAGUCAACUGGGCGGAUGGGUUGGUACUACCGAGUUAUCAAGACGGGUUUCAUUGAGCAGGGUGAUGUGAUGCAGCUCGUCGAAAGAAUUCAUCCCACCUGGUCUCUUGCCCGGGUUCAGAACUAUCUGUACCAUGAAAAGGACAAUUACGAGGCGUUUCGAGAGUUGGCGACUCUGCCUGCACUAUCUGAAGAGAUGCUGGAUAUAUUCCGCAAGCGCCUUGAGCAUGGUCCCGAGAAUAUGACUGGCCGUCUCGAAGGCGAUAAUAUCCCAGUGGUUUGGCGAUCUUACAAGUUAGUGUCCAAGACAGAUCUCACUACACGAAUCAAGUCCUUCGUCUUUGAAGUGGAGGACGAUGACAAGAAAGUUGAGGGCUCAGACUUUGGACAAUUCCCUUUCGUUCGACUUCAGUUUGGACCAGAUGGAAGCUUGUCCCGUGCCUACUCAGUUGUAUCAGGUACUACGAACCGUUUCGAAUUGGGCGUUGCUCGAGAUGACAACUCACGAGGUGGAUCAAUCUAUUUGCAUGACCAUCUGGAUGUUAAGGACGUUAUCAAAGUCGCACUGGGGCGCAAUGCUUCUGCGAUUUCACGGGAUGAGGCUUUGGACUCACAGGCCCGCAAACACAUCUUCGUUAUUGGCGGUAUUGGCGUUACAGCAUUUCUCACUGAGAUCGAGAGGCUGUCCAGUAAGCAAGCCAACAUCGAGAUACACUACGCUGUACGAAGCCGCAACGACGCUGCAUACCUGUCUCGUUUACCGCUCGGUAAGACGACCAUUUAUGCCAAAGAUCAAGGCCAGCGUCUCGAUCUCGACCAAGUCAUUCCCAAAUCAGAAGAUGAAAAUGGGAACACUUCUGCCGUUUACUGCUGCGGUCCAACUUCUCUAAUGAAUGCCUGUCGUGCCAUAACGGCCGCUCUUAACUAUCCCAAGACCGACAUUCAUUUCGAAGAAUUUGGUGACGCAACAACAGGAACUGGAGAACCUUUCGAAGCAGAAAUCAAGUCGACGGGCAAGACCCUCCAAGUUCCUGGAAAAAAGUCUCUUCUUCAGGUCUUGUCUGACGCUGGAUUCGAGAUCGAGUCAUCAUGCCUGGUCGGAAACUGUGGGACAUGUAUGGUUGAUAUUUGUAAGGGAGAGGUGGAGCAUAAGGGUGUUGCUUUGGAUGAGGAGCAGAAAAAAGAGUCAAUGUUGAGCUGUGUUAGCCGUGGAAAGGGAAGGAUUGUUAUCGACUGGUAG